AUGGACCACCAGGAACCCUACUCUGUGCAGGCCACGGCGGCCAUCGCGACGGUCAUCACCUUCCUCAUCCUCUUCACCAUCUUCGGCAACUCUCUGGUCAUCUUAGCUGUGUUGACUAGUCGCUCUCUGCGCGCCCCGCAGAACCUAUUCCUAGUGUCGCUGGCCGCCGCUGACAUCCUGGUGGCCACGCUCAUCAUCCCUUUCUCGCUGGCCAACGAGCUGCUGGGCUACUGGUACUUUUGGCGCACGUGGUGCGAGGUGUACCUGGCCCUGGACGUGCUCUUCUGUACCUCGUCCAUUGUGCACCUGUGCGCCAUCAGCCUGGACCGCUACUGGGCAGUGAGCCGCGCGCUCGAGUACAACUCCAAGCGCACCCCGCGCCGUAUCAAGCGCAUCAUCCUGACGGUGUGGCUCAUUGCAGCCGCCAUCUCGCUGCCGCCCCUCAUUUACAAGGGCGACCAGGGCCCCCAACCCCGCGGGCGCCCCCAGUGCAAGCUCAACCAAGAGGCCUGGUACAUCCUGUCCUCCAGCAUCGGCUCCUUUUUCGCACCCUGCCUCAUCAUGAUCCUUGUCUACCUGCGCAUCUACCUGAUCGCCAAACGCAGCCACCGCCGAGGGCCCGGGGCCAAGGGGGCCCCCAGGAAGGGUGAGUCCAAGCAGCCCCAUUCCCUCGAUUCAGGGCCUUCAGCCUUAGCCAAUCUGCCAACCCUGGCCUCUUCCCUGGCUGUUGCUGGGGAGGCCGAUGGACACUCUAUGCCCCCUGGGGAGAAGGAGAGGGAGACUUCAGAAGAUCCUGGGACCCCGACAUUGCCACCCAGCUGGCCUGUCCUUCCCAACUCAGGCCAGGGCCAGAAGGAGGGUGUCUGUGGGGCAUCUCUGGAGGAGGAAGCUGACAAGGAGGAGGAGGAGGAGUGUGGACCUCCGGCUGUGCCAGCCUCCCCUGCCACGGCUUGCAGCCCACCUCUGCAGCAGCCACAGGGCUCUCGGGUGCUGGCCACCCUACGUGGCCAGGUGUUCCUGGGCAGGGGUGUGGGUGCUGCAGGUGGGCAGUGGUGGCGUCGGCGGGCGCAGCUGACACGGGAGAAGCGGUUCACCUUCGUGCUGGCCGUGGUCAUCGGCGUCUUCGUGCUCUGCUGGUUCCCUUUCUUCUUCAGCUACAGCCUGGGUGCCAUCUGCCCACAGCACUGCAGGGUGCCCCACGGCCUCUUCCAGUUCUUCUUCUGGAUUGGCUACUGCAACAGUUCGCUCAACCCCGUCAUCUACACUGUCUUCAACCAGGACUUCCGCCGUGCCUUCCGAAGGAUCCUUUGCUGCCAGUGGACCCGGACGGCCUGGUGA